CUGCUUAGCAACGCAGGCUGGUGUUAUCAGAAAGAGGGCGUGGCAACGCACAGCGUAUGGGAAGUCAUUUGGAACAAGAGCGCGCGCACAGACUCCGGUGUCUCUCUCACGCACGCCGCGCGCUCACAGCGGGUAAUAUGAUUACGGCUCUAUUAGCUCCGUGCGCGAGGUGAGCCAGAUCCAGCGCGCGCACCGCUGAGCGGAGCGCUGAUGAUGAAGCGCUGUCAUAACGCGCUUGCGAGAAAAUAGUCGAGCAGUUUUUUUUUAAGACAUUCACCGACUUGAGAAAGACAAGAGGAGAAGUUAAAACUGUAUUGGGUUUGUUUGAAUGCCUUGAUAAGUUUGUGCGUCGCAUCUUUUUUUCCUCACCCACCAAGAUGUCAUUUUUGUCUAAUACAAAGAUUCUUUCACUAAUAUGGAAAUCCUUAAAAACAUUUCAAUUGUGAGAGGAAAAAACUGAUUCUCAACAAUGGGGUGUGACAACGUGACCAAUGGGACGGACAGUGGCGGACCGCCCUACACCCUCCUGGUGGCCCUUUCUCUGAGCGUCCUCGUGGGUCUCCUCAUCCUCCUCAUCGUCUUCGGCAACGUCCUGGUGAUCAUCGCCGUCUUCACGAGCCGAGCUCUCAGGGCUCCCCAGAACUUGUUCCUGGUCUCACUGGCGUCAGCUGAUAUAUUGGUGGCCACUUUGGUGAUGCCUUUCUCGUUAGCCAAUGAGCUGAUGGGAUACUGGGCUUUCGGGCAGGUGUGGUGCGAGAUCUACCUCGCCCUGGACGUUCUCUUUUGCACGGCCUCGAUCGCUCACCUGUGUGCCAUCAGUUUGGACAGGUACUGGUCAAUCACGCAAGCCAUCGAGUACAACCUCAAGCGCACGCCGCAACGGAUCAAGCGCAUCAUUUUUGUCGUCUGGGUCAUUGCGGCCGUCAUCUCCUUCCCGCCCCUCAUUACCAUGGAGAAGGAAGAGGGAUCCUUCUGUGAGAUCAAUCGAGAAAAAUGGUACAUCGUUUCCUCCUCCAUCGGCUCAUUUUUUUUACCCUGCAUCAUCAUGGUGCUCGUGUACAUCCGAAUCUACCAGAUCGCCAAGAAGAGGACCAGAGAGCCCCCUGGGGACCGGAGGAAAAAGGACAAGAAAGAUGAAAAGGACCCCCAUGAGAUGCUCAACAGGGACCCGAAUGGCGCAGAUGACAAGGGUGAAAUAAACGGCGUGGACAUGGAAGAAUCCUCAUCUUCCGACCACAAGGUCUCCAACCCUUGCUCGCUCAAAAAGAAGGGCUGCAAGGGCAAGACCAAACUGAGCCAGAUUAAACCGGAUGACAACAUCGAGAAGCUAGAGGCCUGCCAGACCAUCAAGACCAGCAGGUGGAAAGGUCGCCAAAACCGGGAAAAGCGCUUCACCUUUGUCCUGGCCGUAGUUAUAGGCGUGUUCGUCAUCUGCUGGUUCCCGUUUUUCUUUACCUACACGCUGACGGCGUUUUGCGACUGCUGCGUGCCAAUGACCCUUUUCAAGUUUUUCUUCUGGUUUGGCUAUUGCAACAGCUCACUCAAUCCAAUUAUUUACACAAUCUUCAAUAAUGACUUCAGGAGGUCCUUUAAAAAAAUACUUUGCCGGAGAGACCGAAGAGUGGUGUGAGAUCAGGUUACACCUAUUUCAUGUUCGUGUAAUAUAUCACCUGGAGUUUAAGGGAAGCACUUGUGUACAUUGUGUCAUUUUUCAACAAGACUAACGGAAAAAUGCUUUUGCAUCACAACGCAUGGUUAUGCAAACACAGCACAAUUUGUGACAGAUUCAUUUGUUUUUAUAAAUGUGUUGUUGUGUUGUACUGUUUGUGGUAUGGUUUUGUGGUAUUUUAUCAUCUGGUAACGGGACAAAGACGAAACAUCACAAACUAAGCCUCACAAUGUGAAAACAAUGUGCCAAAGGAAUAAGUACUGAUGUGUUCGGCCUUCAAAGUCAUGUGCAGUGCAUCAAACUGUACUUUGGCCGGAAUGUGCAUGUCAAUGUCUUCUCAGUGGGACUUUUUUAUGUAGUAUAAUUCAUUGUGAAGGUGUUGAUAAUGUACGACGGGUGAUUUGGCUUUAAUCCAAAGCAAAAAGACGUUAAGCUAGUCCGACUGGAACCUUGACGGAUGGUGUCACAAGACAUUUCUUCUGCUUUUGAUGUAGAUUAUAUCUGUCAUCCUGGAUAAAAUAGAUGGAUCUUAGCACCCCAACGAGAAAAUUACUGAGAUUAUUACUGUCAUUUUCUGGAACUAAUAACCGUGUGACAUCCAGCUACUGUUUAUAAGUAGCCCUGAAAGCUACUUUACUACGAAUGUACACCUGUUCUUCAGCAAAUGGAGUUUGAUAAUGUGAUCUCUGGGUCAAAACAGCGCAGGAAUAUUCAGCAACACAUCGAAUGAUUGACAGCAUAACAAGGUGUCUCCCAGCAAAAGUAAGACCAGAUAGUUGGAGAUAUCUGUUGUUGUUAGAUAUCUAGUAAGAUGGAGUGAUUGCCCGGUGUUUGAGCAGUUAAAAUGGUUAAAAUCAAAGGUUUAACAAACUGUCACUGUGCAUUUUUGUCAUUUCAGAGAAAACAAAUCUUGAUGUAUGACUCGGUUCGAUAUUGGCUGUUUUUCUGUCCUGGUGUGCUCUCAAAGUGUUUUCUCACUAAGGUUUACGAAAUUGUGUUUGCACAUACACGUUGAACAACAAACGCACUCAAAAGAAUAAAACUAAAAAUCA